GGCCCCGCUCCUGCUGGAACAGCCCGGCCUGCCGUGAGCGUGGCCCUGCGGUCCCAGCCGAGCGGGGGGGACAGUCCUGCCGAGUCCCGGGCGCUCUUUGUUUUGAUUUCAGUUGUGCCUUGAUACUUUUUUUCCAAGAAUGCUGCUGCAGAAUGAAUAGCUAGAUACUUUUUUUUCCUCUAAAGUUAUGUGUGCAUGCGACCCCAACGCAAGAAGUUCUGGUUUGCAUACUUUAGAUUUUUCUAACAGCAUUAAUGGGCAGUGAUAAAGGUAUUGCUGAAAUCCUAAUGAACCGACCCCACGCGAGAAAUUCACUGGGAAAAGUAUUUGUAAAUGAACUGUUUGGCGCCCUGGAGCAGCUCCGCUUCGAUGAGCAGGUGCGUGUGGUGGUGUUCAAGAGCCAGGUGAAAGGAGUGUUCUGUGCAGGAGCAGAUUUAAAGGAACGUGCACAGAUGGACGAUGCAGAAGUUGGAGAGUUUGUUAGAAGACUGAGAAAUCUUAUGGAUGAAAUAGCUGCCCUGCCCGUGCCCACGAUCGCGGCAAUCGAUGGCUACGCCCUGGGCGGCGGGCUGGAGCUGGCCCUGGCCUGCGACCUCCGAGUGGCAGCUUCAUCAGCUAAAAUGGGCCUUAUUGAGACCACACGAGGACUUCUGCCUGGAGCAGGUGGAACCCAACGCCUGCCCAGAUGUGUUGGAAUAGGUCUUGCAAAGGAACUCAUUUUCACUGGCAGACAGGUUGAUGGAGAACAGGCAGCCUCCAUGGGGCUGGUAAACCACUCAGUGCCACAGAACAGCGAGGGAGAUGCAGCCUACCAGAGAGCUUUGACUUUGGCUAAAGAAAUCCUGCCCCAGGCACCAUUUGCUGUGAAAAUGGGAAAACUGGCAAUAAACAAAGGAAUGGAGGUUGACAUUGCAUCAGGGAUGGCUAUUGAGGGGAUGUGUUAUGCCCAGAAUAUUCCCACCAAAGACCGCCAGGAAGGGAUGGCUGCCUUCAUGGAGAAGCGACCACCUCGGUUCACCGGCAAGUAACGCUUCCUGCUCCCCUUGAGUUUUGGGAGAUGGAGCAGGACUGAGGAGGAUCCACUGAUUUCUUAGGAUUAUUUUUAUCACACCAUUCUGUGCACUUAACUCCUUGCCUUGGACUGCAUUUCUAACUAUUCCAUUGGAUCAUUUUUCUGUACAAAUCUCCAAAUAAAGAUUUAACUUUGUACACCA